AAGACAAGAACUCAAUGGCUAGCAACACUGCUAACAGGACUUCAGAUGACGUGAGCAAUAAGAGCCAUUUGCCUUUUCUUGAAUCCGAGUGCAUUCCAUGGGUUGUUGUGCUCAUCGGUGAAUGUAUGGCCAUAGUCAUCCUUAAUGUCAUCACCAUUAUUGUAUUCGUGAAGAAGCUUCAGCUACGACGCCGAAGUACAUACUUGAUCAUCCAUCUGGCGAUAGUCGAUCUCUUAGUCGGCGCAGUCUCAGGUCCUCUGUUUAUUUACUGGUUUGGGAGUUACUGUGGUCUUUGGGAGAUUAACGCAGCUAGCUCUCUAGCACUGAGAAACACAUUUCAGCGCUUCCCUCUCGCUUCUCUUCUGAAUCUCGCUGCCAUUUCAUUAGAGAGGGCACAUGCGACAUUCUGCCCAUUUAAACAUCGUUUCAUCAAGAAAUGGGUUUAUGGAGUAAUAAUAAUUGUACUUUGGUUGACAAAUACCACUGCAGGGCUGAUAAAAGGAGCCAUAGUCCACUUUUGUCGUUCUUUACCACGCCAUGGCGCAGUAGCUGCGAGGGAGAGAAAAUUGACGAGUAUCUUGUUCAUUGUGACCCUGGCCUCUUUGUGCAUGUGGUUUCCAUCAGUGAUACAGACCGGGAUUUAUAUUUUACGUCCUCAGUUACUCGACAACUCUUUUUGGGGGCUACACUAUCAAAAUAUAAUGGUGGCUUUAUUUCAGGCCAAUUCGCUUGUAAAUCCUAUCAUCUACGCAAUGAAGAUGCCAGAACUGAGAAAAGACAUAAUGCAAAUCAUAUUCCGUCAGACUGUGAACCGUUUAUAUCCAGUGGAUUUACCUUUAUGUAAUCUUUAGUACACCAACUUGUCGUUUAUUGAGAUGUACCUUAUCCUUAGAAUUUUAAGAGAAUUGGUGACGACAAUUCUCAUACUUAUCAGCUAGAAAUUGAUAUCGUGAUGUAACAGUUUUAUUUAAAAGGAUGAUUUGGCGGCCUGAAAUAGGAAAACAACAAAUAUAUCUUCGCGUUUAAAGUUUAUCCAUGGGGAAGUGAAGGGGAGGUUAAGGUAACCUGUUUUCAAAGUGAGUUUUAAUACAGUGUGAGGUAAAUUAAGAUUCCUUGUUUAAACGUUGAAACCAUCAGAUUGCAUCUCAUGCCUUAAUGUUUCCAGCACGGAAUAUUUGGCCAUAGUCAUCAUUGACAUCAUCACCAUCAUUGCAUUUGUGAAGCAGCGCCUUCUGGCCAUACUUGAUAUCUUGGUUGGGACAAUUUCAGGUUCUCUGGAUAUUU